UAUUUUAGAACUCAAUAAAAUUCGAAAGUUUCAGUACGUAUUUAAAAAAUGACACGAGUUAUAAAAGUUCUUUAUUUAAAUAUAUUAAUUAUAUUUUGUACCAUAACAUCCAUAAAAGCUGACUGCAAAAUACAUCUUCCGGCAGACAUAUCAAUAAGACCAAGGGUCUAUAAAUAUGUGGGCUCAAAGCUGAUAAAUGUAAAAAAAAACUAUAUAAUUUUGCAUCACAAUCAAGAAAUUGAAGCAAAUUGUGAUCUUGAAUUCGAAAACUUCGCAACAAAUCAACUUUUCGUCAAGUGUAUGAACUCGAUACAAACCAAAACGAAUAAAAAGCAUUCGUAUAGUAUCUACAAUUAUGAAAGUGCUAUAAAUUUAAGGUGCUCCACAAUAAAAUGGAAAUUAUAUGAAUCGUCGGAGAAAUUCACAUGGUGUCCAUUUUAUUUGACAUCAUAUUUUGUGGGUCGACCUAGUGUUUUUAAUAGUUAUAUUUUUUUGGCUGGAAUUUGUUAUAAUACCUAUGAUCAGUCCCUUUCAUCAGUUUAUUAUACACUGGCACCAAAACAUUCUGUUUAUAUGAAACCAUCUAACUUGAAGAAUUCGAGCACACCACCUCUUUUAGAAAUACAAUAUAUAGAUGAAUCUUUUGGUCCAAAUAACAUCACAAAAGACGAUUUCGUUAAUGAACAGUUCCAAAACAUGUUCACCUACACAAACUAUGGCUACAGUUCCAUAAUACAAAUGCCUAAACUUAAUUCUACAUUUAAUCAGCAGUUCUCGUCUCUACUUGAAUUUUUAUGGUGGCCAAAUUUGCGUCUUAACAAUUGGCGACGUUAUGAAGCUGCUCUCGAAAAGCAUGUUGAAGGUGAUAAACAAGCAUAUGACAUCGUAGCGGGAAUAUCUGGCGUCAUGGAAGCACCCUUUACUGAGAACUGUCAAACGAAUUACACCAUGGAAGAAGUCAUCAUUAAAACUGACAGCACAAUACCAUUGUAUGUUUGGAAUUAUUUGCAGGCCAGUGACAAUAGCACCAAUGAAAUUGUCAUUAUUGGUAUAAAUUCACCAUUUAAUGAAUUUUAUGCGGAAAAGGAUAUAAUCUUUUGUCCAGACAUAUGUCACGAAAUUCCUUGGUUGAAAGAAAUCAGCUCUACUUUUCGUUAUAAUGUAAUGGGUAUUAUAUUUUGCUGUAAUGUUGAAGAUGUUAAAACCUCAAAACGUUUAAAUGGUUUUCCUAACACGGACUUAAAAUCAAAACCAGUUGAAACAUUAGAUUCCGGAAAUAAUUUAAAUACUUCCCUUGAAACUGAUUUGAAAGCAAAUCCAACAGAAACAGUAGAUAAUGAAAAUAACUUCUUUGAAAAUGAAGAAGAAGAAGAAGAAGAGGAUUAUUAAUAAAAUAAUAAAAAAGGAAUUAACUUUGUAUUUUAAAAUUGUAAGUGAAAUAAUAACUAUAUAAGUGGGAUUUCAUGUCCCAGAGAACCAA